AGCUCACAUGCGAGAAAAAUUUCUGAGCGACCUGAAAAAGCUCAAGGAGCACAAAAGUAGCGAAGAACUCAAAGAAGCUUUGCUGCUCAUGCGCAAACGCUUGGACGACCCUAAUGUUCUCUCCGGCGAAGUCAUCCUCAACAUGCUUUUCUGUUUCCGCGAUAUUCAAGAGUAUGACGCAAUGAUUCAUCUCGUGGAAGACUUAAAAAAAGUACCUACAGCUAGAAAGUACCUGAAUUCUUAUAUUAUGUACCUGUACGCAUUCGCUUUGAACAGGCGGAGAAAGGACGGUGAUAGAAAAAAUGCCUUGGCUGUCUGUGAAGAUGCCUUGAAAAGCAAAGAGAAUCAUUUUCCGGACAUGCUGUGCCUCUGCGGCAGAAUAUAUAAAGACAUAUUCACAGAGUCUGAUCACACAGACAUGAAAAGUCUUGAUGCUGCCAUUCAUUGGUACAGAAAGGGUUUUGAGGUUAAACCGAAUGAAUAUGCAGGUAUCAAUUUGGCAACGCUGUUAGUAAUAAAAGGAGCAGAGAUAGAGAAGUCUGACGAGCUUCAGCACAUAGGAAUGACUUUGAACAACCUGAUUGGAAAGAAAGGCAGCCUCUCUUUAUUUGGGCUCCCUUUCAGAAGAUAAUUUCUUCAAAAUAUUCAUGGAACAAGUGCCAGGAGGUUCUCUCAGUGCACUCCUCAGAUCUAAAUGGGGACCACUGAAGUCCAACGAACACACCAUGGCCUACUACACGAAGCAAAUUCUAGAAGGACUCAAGUACUUGCACGAUCAAAAUAUCGUUCAUAGGGAUAUAAAAGGUGAUAAUGUCUUGGUAAACACUUAUAGCGGCGUCGUGAAAAUAUCUGAUUUCGGCACUUCCAAAAGGUUAGCUGGUUUGGGUCGUAGUACAGUAACGUUUACAGGAACUCUCCAAUACAUGGCUCCAGAGGUCAUUGAUAAAGGACAGCGAGGUUAUGGUGCUCCUGCUGAUAUCUGGUCUCUUGGUUGUACCGUAGUAGAGAUGGCGACUGGCAAACCGCCCUUCAUUGAACUCGGUUCUCCACAAGCCGCCGUAUUCAAAGUAGGCUACUAUAAAGCCCACCCAGAAGUUCCUAGCGAACUGUCAGACCGCGCGAGAUCUUUCAUCAUGAGGUGCUUUGAACCGGAUCCUGACAAGAGAGCAACCGCUGCCCAGUUGUUGGAAGAUCCAUUUUUAGGUCCCGAGAGAAGACAAAAGACUGUUCGGUUGAAUACAGAAUUCAACCGAAGCGUAUCGGUGCCUGUCGAGAAGAUGGGAGUGAGGCACACCGGCCACAAUAGUGCUCCAAACCAAACUCCAACGACACCCGAGGCAGACAACUCCCAGAACCGAGGCGCGUUAUUACCACCUAUUCAAAUGCCUACUGCUCUUACUUUCAACAGUUUGGCUUCCACCCCUUCACUAGACUGCGAAACAGAAAACGCCACCAACGAACGUCGUAAUUCGUCCGGGACGCUUCUCUCCCCCGAAGUGGUGGAGACCGGCACCGAAACAGACGGCUUCUAUCUGCUCAAGAAGGACUCCCAGAGGCGUACCACGCUCGCCAAAGUCCUCGUCAACGACGGCACGAAGAUAUGCGACCUUUGGAUGCAGAAGGUACGCCAUAAGUACUUGGGGGAGACGGUUCUCACCGAGAAGCACCUACUGAAGCUGAUGGAGGGUUUGAAGGCGUACCUGACUGAGCAGUCGAUGAGCGUAGUCGAGACGACGGUGAGGCAACUGAAGGAGGAGCUGGACUUUGAUUCAGCUGCGAUCAAUCAGUUGCAGUUUGCCAUUUACUUGUAUCAGGAAUCUGUCAAUGAAGUUUUGAGAUUACACCCAAUCAAGCCCCAUUGGAUGUUUGCCCUGGACAAUCUGGUCCGUUCAUGCAUCCAAGCUGCCAUAACUGUCCUGACUCCGGAACUAGGGGAGCACAUUGCUAACCACAGCUCUCCGAGCACCGUUAAUUCCUCCAAGUCAAGCAAAACGAAUGAAGUGUUUGAUGUUCGUGAUCAGACACUGCACCUGAGGACAGAGAAUAACAGACUGUGGCACGAUUUAAUCGACUGUCAAAAGCAAUAUCAGGCAGUUUUGAAACAGCUGAUCGACGGUCACCGUCAGCAAACGGAAACCCUGGCGCAGCUCUGCGGAAACUACCACCAGCAUCCCAACCGCCAUCAAGAGGAGGUCGUCGAAGAAGACGACCGGCUCUCGAAGUGGCUCGAGGGGCUUGAUAUUCACGAAUCAGCUACGAAGAUAUUCCUCGCCGAGGGGUACACGCUUGAAGAAGUGCUCUACUACAUCGAUAGGGACGACUUGCGGAGGGUCGGCCUGAAGGGGGGCACGCAGUUCCGAAUAUGGCGCGCCAUACAACAGCACAGGCUGGGUGGAAACAACGACGCAACCGUUUGUAAUGGUGUUACGAUGGACGAGAGCGAAACGGUUUGAGAUUUGGAAGAUAGUAGGGAAACGAUGAGAUUAGUUCCUAAAUGUGGGAGGGUGAUAUAGAGAGUGGGAGGACAGGAAUUGCGGUUGGAUGAUUUGGUUUAUAUUCGCUGAGAUUCUGUUGAGAGUUUAUGGAUUGUGGCAGUAAUGAGUUUGAAUCAAACGUUUAGAGUUAUGAAUGAGGGUUAGUUGAUCUGUUAUGUAUUGUAGAGGAAAUCAGUUUCCUGGUUAUUUUUACUUUCUACAACAAUUUAAUCAAUUUUUUUUAGAUUGUGGAAAACGAAAGUUUUCAAAGGUUAUUUACAAGCAGUCCUCCAAAUUAAAUAUUAGAUCAAAAUGAAAUCGUAUUCCCACAUUCUGAAUGACAAAGCCUAGCCAGCCGUAUAAUGAUUGAUAUAAAUCACUGAAGAUACAACAUAAAAACACACUUUUGUCUAUUUUCCACAAUAGUUGUAUAUUUGUUGACUAGUUUUGGUCAUUACACCAUUUUCAAAACAAACUAGUCAACGAAUAUAGAACUAUCGUGGAAAAUAGAUAAAAAAAGUGUGUUUUUAUAGUGUAUCCUCAGUGAACAUAAAUUUCCACAAAAUAAACAAGUCGUCAAUCAGAAAAGUGAUAUAAAUCAUUCAUAGUUUUUCAGAAUGUUGCGAAUAUUGAAAGUUUAUCUUCCAGUUGAAAUAUUUAUUACAUUUUGGUCCAAUAGAGAGAUUCGCACAUGACUAUGAUGGGCAUCUUCAGCAGAGGUUGGCAACAAUUUUUGGCGACCUCCUUGUUGGUAGACUCGUUAAUGAAUCUACCACUGCCGUGAAAGUUCAAAACUAUAGUUCAAUAUCUUGAUCAUUUUUUGGGCUGGGAUGGAAAUCAGUGAAUUGAAUGCAACUUUUGUGUUUGAAGUAACUGUGAAGUUUGUGUUCAGAACCCCUGAACGCAACUCUUGUGUUCGGGAUCAUCGAACGCAACUUUUGUAAGCCAUUGAAUUCGACUUCUGUGCCCGUUGUCUCUGAAUGCAAUUUACGUUCGGAGCUACUGAAUGCAACUUUUGCGUUCAGAGACCAUUGAUGUAGUUUUGUGUUCAGAUUCUCUGAACGCAACUUUUCGAUCAGGUCUUUGAAUGCAACUCAAAACACAAAGGUUGCAAAUUUAACAAAGUUUCAAGUUCAAUUUCUGAUUCGAAACUUGAACUUCUAUGAAAUCCCUGCUUCAAACUCUGAUUUUUUUAAUAUCUUAUUUCAAACACAAAAUUGUAGUGAACUUCUUGUUUUAAUACAAAAUUUUAGUAAAUUUUUAAUUUGAACACUGAAUUUCAACAAAUUUUGAUUUUGGAAUGAAAAUUUUGUAAAUCCUCAAUUUUGAACUUGGAACUGUAAUAUAUUCCUACAUUUUUACUACUGACAGACUUUUAUGAAAUGUUUAUGAAUAUAUAAAUCUGGAUUCGGUUCAUUCAUCUGCAUCACGGGAGGAAUAAAAGCGUAAAUACAUUUCAAAAACGCUGAAAGAAAAAUAAAUAUAACAUGAUUCAGUGAAUGAAAGUCUGGCAAAAUUUUCUAUCGAAAAAAUGACCCACAAAAACAACACCAUAAUGAAAAAAAACAGUCAUUUUGUUGCUUGUUGAAAUUAUCAAUGAACAAAAUCGAUCUCGGCUUUGUCGUGAAAUUUUUGAAAAAUCCAGGUUUGUCCAGACGUGCCUAGCAAAAAUAUGGUAUUUCUCAAUAAGAUAAUCAACCACUAUUCAAUAAUAUAAUUAAAUGUAUGCCUAACUUUCUCUCAUUUAUAUGAUAUAAGGGCAUUUGAUCAUUGUAGCUAUUGUCUUUUUUUUCCAUUUUUGUCUCGUUCUACUUCUUUGUUUCCGUUGAAAUAUCAAGUAUCUCUCCUAAUUCAUAUUUCUGCCGCAACUCAUCUGAAGUCUUCGGAUGCUGAUAUAGAAAAAGAAAGCAGUAGUCAAAUUAUUAUUUCAAAGAAACGGUUGAAAAAUUACUUUUUCAAUUCUGAUAUGAAAUGAAAUAUUUUGAGUAUCUCUCUAAGAAAGUUAUGAAGUAACCAGUGACUACAUAUAUUUUUUUGUUACGUUACAUCUAACUUUGAAAAAAAAAUCUGAAAAUUUAUUGUCAGAUUUAUUUCUUCUUAAACUAUUGAUAAAUGAACUGGGUGUUUGAAUUCAGGCAAAUUUAUCUUGUUUCAUCAUUUAUGUAACUUGUAAAUAGAUCAUAACAAGUUCUUGAACUCCCAGGAUUCAUAUUACUUGAAAACCAAUAUUUUCAAAACUCAAAAAAUAUCAUCUGAUAUCAUGAUUAUCAUCUGAUUCUAUUAGUGUAUACUGUAGACAACAUAUUUAUCCUUUUUUGUUUACCAUCUAAAUUCUAAAUGUUAGUUUUUCCCACCAUAAUGUUUUGAAUGGGGAAACAAUAUUAGAAGAAAUCAAAAAUCAAGAUUUUCUGAAAGGUUUUCAAAUGAAUCGAAUUUUUCUUGCAGCUCAAACGGCAGUUGCAACUUUUUGCUAAUGAACAAAAUUAAAAUACUAAUAAUUUAAGGAAUGUCAUAGGCCAAAAGUCUUCAUGAUCCCAACUUGCAAAAAUUAAAUAAAAAAUAUAACCUUUUCAAAUUAAAAACAGACAAAAUGAGGUUGUUUUUCCAUCUCCAAAUUAAAAAAAAUGCCAGGCUCUUAAACACUGUUGACAAAAGAAAUGUAUUGAUCCUUGAUAUCGAUGCUAGAUUUAUUCAAGAUGUUGACGAGAUCGACCGCAGUUCCAAGGUCCCUCCAUUAAUGUCGCCUCCUAUUUUGGAACAAAAAACUUCAAUGAAAUGUAUAGUUCCUUUCCUACAAAACUCUCAGACCGUCGUUUGACUGUGAUUAAUUUUUCGUAUGUUUUAUCGAAAAUUUUUAUUUUGAAACUUCGUGCAAUGACUAUUAGUUUAAAGAUUAAUUUGAUUAGAUAUUGUUUUGCUCGUUUUAUUAGAGUCUUCCUAUUUUUGUGAGGCGCGCACCAAAAGAACUGACCGGGAGAGAGGAUUAUUUUUUUUAAUAGAUCGUUUUAUUUUGCGAAUGAUUGAUUUUAGAAGUAUGUUUUAAGUUUUUAAUCUAGUAAUUUGUAUUUUGACGACAUCACUUUCAUUGAUUACUUUCUUUUUAUUAAAUUUUUUUGGUUACGUUUCUCCUAAUCAAGAAGGCAUUGACCAUACCAUUUCUUUUAAUUAAUCAUCAAUUUUCAAUCUGUUUUGUUUCUAAUUGAGUUUUAUAGUUGUUAUAACAAAUGUAUUUUAUUUAUGCAUUAUAUUUUUGACUAAUAAAUAAUGUUGGCAUUCA